AUGAAAUCAGCUAUUGAGUCCAAUCGCGGUGUACGUGGUGUUGCGACUAUACUGUGUGGUCCUCUAACCAUCCCUAACCCUAGUCCUUUUCCAAAAUGGGAAGGUGUUAGCCUUAUCAAUGACAUCCAAUUCAAGACCGAGGAGAUGAAGGUUUGGAGAGCUUAUGAUGUUGGACAUGGUAAAAGCGUUCCCUAUAGCAAUUUCACUCAAACGAAGAAGACUGAACUUCCAUCGCUUACCAAGAUUACCGAUGUCCCCAGCACUAAUCUUGUAUUCUGUGAAGUCAUGCCAAGGAAAUGUCAUGUCGCCAAAGACAAAGACAUGAAGACAUCCGCCGACGACAACAGCAGCGACACAGACGAGGAUAUGCUUUUCACCUGUCCAGAAGAUGGAUGUGUGAAAACCUUCCAACGGUUUUCAUCCCUCCGGAAACAUCUGGAUGGAGGCAGGCACAAGUACGCCCUUGAGAGGGAGUCAUUCCUUGAUAAAGCAAUGCUACGCUAUGCUGAAAAUCUAGGAAGUGGGGCUGCAUCCAUAGUAGGGCAAGUUGAGCAGAUUGCUGAAGAAUCAAAGGUGCCUUCGAUAAAGAUGGGAUGGGCGCUAAAACGUGUUUCCACAAGUCGACACCGUUUCAAUGAGAAGCAAAAAAGUACCUCAUCGACAUAUUUCUUCUUGGCGAGCAGACAGGGCAAAAAGCAGAUGCUAGUGAUGUCUCAAAAUCGAUGAGAAAAGCGCGCAAUGCAGAUGGUUCUCUUCUUUUCCUGUCUAAUGAAUACCUGACAUCACAGCAGAUUACCAGCUUCUUUUCCCGUACAGCCGCCAAGAAAUCGAUUCAAGUUACAUCAGCUUCGAAUCUUGACCUCGAUGAUGACGAUGACCUUGAUGACUUGGUCUCCGCCAUGGCAGAGAAAGAGCUUCAGCAAAUGCGUGAAGAAAUAUUGAAUGAUAUUUCUAUCCAACACCCAAUCACAUACGAAUCCUAUAACAUAUGCGAAAUGGCCACCGCGUCCAAGCUUUCAAAGUUUUCUAUGGCAAUGUUACAGGAAAUCUGCAAGCACUACGAACUUGACACUUCAAGUAUAAAGCAGAAAAGGAAGCAGCCAUACAUAGACUUGCUGGAUGAAUUGGUAGAGUCGUGCACAUGUUAAAUUAUUACUAUUUUGAAUUUUUUAAGAGUGUUUACCACUUCUUUAUCAUGACAUCUUAAGUUAAUGAAAAUGGUCGCACCAUUAAAGUGAAUUAAAAAGACAUGCACAAUAAAGUAAAACAGCCGGAUCACAGGUGUUAUGUACACUAUUACAGUAAAUACAUGAAUGUACAAUAACGGCUUAUAAUUGUUGACCAGAAAGAGAAAGUAUUAAACAAAUCACACAAAAAUUUUAAAUUAGAAAUUCAUAUAAAGUCUCUUUUCAUUCAAAAUAUGACGAUAUUAAGAAUGUAACAAAUUUAGGUUGGGCUGGCGGUUGGGGUGACGUGCUGGGAUUAGGGAAAAUGUCGGCAUAUAUUUCGUGAAGACAAGAUAAAGUACAUACCUCUGUGGAGGAUCGCGGGCUCGGCACUUGCGGUGAUCAUUUAUGUUCUUGAUUGUUUUGAAAACUUGCAACAGUAUAUAAAGCCCAGAAGAUCCAUAAAAUGCAACUUUAACAAGUAAACAGGUAUGGAUUGCAUAAAACUUACAUUCGUUUACAUUUUAUUUUUCGUUUGAACCUGUUUCAUUGAUUUGCAAUUCAAAAUAAACAUGUAUUACGUGCUUUGACCUCAAAGGUCAUAGGACUGACAGGAGUACAAUUUUAUCACAGUUUGAUAGCCUGAAACGUCACACAGAUAUUUGCCCAAAGAUUCCUUUGCAUCCGUUCAAAGACCUUUAUUGCAACAUUCAUUCUCCGGAGUUUCGAAUGAUUUAAAGAUUCGCUGCAAGACUUUUUAUAAGACACAUUUUUAUCGAUACAAAAUAUGGGCAUCGAGAAUAAAAUUGUUUGGAAAGUAUAGAAUUGCAUUAUUGACCCCAUACUUGGGAAAAUGAUAGUCAAAUGAUUAUUUAACAAGAAUUUGGAGUUAUAUUUGAUGUGGAGUGCUCUAAUUGUCCAUACAAGCCCACCAAAUUGAAGCCAAAAAUCAUCUGUCGAAGAAGCAUUUUCGGUGGUGUUCGAUAAUUUGCAUAUUUCUCCAAAAUACUUUGAUAUUUAACCAAACCAACUAUACUGUGGUUCUUAGGAAACAUUACCCUUCCGGACUUGAAAGUAUGAGGGAUAUCGAUUUUUCAAAGUUUGCCACCACUUGUUUGAUUUUUAGAGAUAUCUACUCUUAAGUUUGUUAUUAUUCAGAUUAGAUAUUAGAUUAUUUAAUAGUAUUAUUAUUUAGACCACUAUAUUUACUAGUCAACUAUCUAGUGAGUUAGUUUGUGACGGUUACGGCAUAAUAUCAUACAGUUGUUUUACGAUCACUAAAUGGAAUUAUUUGUGAAAUGACAUCUUUAAUUAGGAAUUCAAUGGAAGAUAGACCAUGUUGCUCAUCAGGACGACGAUGAUAUGUUAAAUGAUGAUGGGGUAUGUACAUGAACUGUGUGACAUGGUAAAUGCAUCAGUUAUUUGUCAUGACGCUAUUUAAUUGUAUUUACCCAUAUACGCAGCAAAGGCCCUUACUGUAUAGUGUGUCUUGUCUAACAAAAUUUACUUGUUAACAAGAGUUUGUGCCAUUAAUGGAUUACUUAACCCAUUUAGUGGCAGAGGUCUUCCCUUAAUGAGUAAAGUCUGGUGUUAGACACAGCAAAAUAAUAAAGUAUGUAGAGUGCAUAAAGGACACAUGUAACUUAUGGGUGAACUACAUUUUAUUCAAUGGGAGGCACUGAUUAUUGUCAAUGCUAGACACACAUUGUUUCAGAUUUUUAUAUAUGUACAUAGAUCAAGUUAUUGUUCCUUCAGUGUAUUAAUUGUUUCUGUACAGCAUUAUUGAGUGCACAGUAAUUGUCAGUGCCAUUACUAAUGUUAUACAUAUUAAUCUUGUUUGAGGUUCCUGACAUCAGAAUGUCAAUUGUCUUACCUCAACUGAAGCAAAUUUUUCCAGGCCAUGAGGAUUCCCAGCUUCAAUCGGCUUUAGAAAAUGCUAAUUUCAACUUGACUAGUGCAACAGAGAUUAUUUUAGGACAAGGAGGUUAGCUUUUAUAAUUUAAUUUGAAAAUCUAAAAAUAGUAUACAAAACUCUGUAUAAACCCUCGUGCUACCCUACGAGGUGCAUUCCAUGUUAAUUGUUGAUGCUAUGGUUUUAGAUUCUGUAAAUAUCAGUUCAUCAGACUCAAGUGACGUGGAGGCAGCACUAGACAGCAAUCUCCUUACUCCAAUUGUUUUGCAUGAAGAUAGAGAAGUCUGAUGACACUACAGCUUCACUACCCAACAAAAUAAGGUUAUGCAAAGAAAACACAAUUGCUGCCAAUUCACCUCGUCAGUUGUUCUGUGUAUACAGAAGUGAAGGUGUUGAACAAUUAAAGCUUGACAUCUUGGGUGUACACAAGGAGUGGGAGCAGGCCCUGUCAGGGAAUUUCUAUUCUCAGCAGUUAAGCUUGUAGAAGAUGGCAUUGAUAUCCCCAUGAAGCCAAUCAUUUAUUUUGAAGGCCAAGAUGACCAUAAAGUUCCUGUCCACAACCAAGCUCUAAGGCAAACAGGAAGCUUUAAAGCAAUUGGACGGAUCCUUGCUCCGGCAUUCCUGCACAAUGGCCCAUGUUUGGGAGGUCUGUCCCCAGCAGUGAAACAUUACUUUACAUGCAAACAAGGUCAAGACACAACAGUGAACCCACCACCACUGGAGAUAAUGGAUGUUCCGGAUGUUGAGCUUCAAGCAAUGUUAGAAGUAAGUUACUGUAACUAAACUUACUAUAAUUUAUGGAUUCAUCAUUUGUGAGGACAGGGGAUUGGCAAAUGGGGGGUUUAAAAUUUUCGAUCUGUCAAGUCCCCCAUCCCAUUUGCCAAUGCCCCUCCCUAUAAAUAAUGACCACUCCCUUACAAGCAACAGAUACCCUGGAAAAAAUUCGGUCAACAUGUACUGUAGCCCUAUUCCCUAAUGUAAAGGUUUUAUUUAGGGUUACAUAGUACUUGAAGAUUCUUAAAAUUCGUGUUGAAAUCCUAAAACAAUGGUACCAGUAACCCUUGAACUCUAUCGUAUAAUUAUUUGGAAAAAAGAACAAUAUGGUGACAGUACACAUUUAAGAUGUACAAUAAAAGGCAUAACUCUGAAAUAACCUCCUCCUCCACAGGCCGUAAUGAAUUCCCUAAUUUUGUAAGGCAGAGUAUGCCCAUUUGCAGGUCUGGCCAGAAGUUUGAAUAUUGGUACUCUUAAAAUUUAAUAAUAUAGGUAUAUUAUAAUUUUUCUCAUAGGUACUGCAGUCACCCAGGCAUGAAUCUUUACCAAAUAGUCUUGUCUCAAAUCUGGUUCCAUACCUUAUCAAGGCUGGUAUUGAUAUAGAAGGGAAAUUGUCUAGCAGGGAAAUUGUUGUUCAAGGCCUUCUUCUGUUUUUUGUUAUUGAAAAGAGAAAGUUGGAACUUGAUGACAUUUCAACUGGUAUGUUAAAUGCAAUCAGAUAUCCUAUUAACCUAUCAUACUUGCUUGAGGAGAAAAGUAUUUGA